GACAGCUUGGAGAGAGGCCGCCCCAGAGAGGCUGCCCCUUCAUCCUGAGCUGGACGCCAGAAACAACUAACACCGCCACACGCCGCCGCUGCACCAAAGGAAGCGCAACGAUGGGUAGAACUAUUAGUUGUGCAAAAAAGUCCAAGAAGCUCCGCGACGCGAGGCAAGCGACGGAGGGCCGGGGCGACAUGCUGGCUAAGCUGCGUCCGCGCAAGCCGGCCUCGCACCACGACCUGCGUCCACGCCGAAAGGUCGUCUACGUUUACUCGGACGAGGACGCGGACGAGACAACUGAUGACUCUGAUGAACCUUACGUUCCACAGACGAAGACGAAGACGAAGCCGAGGACGCCACGCUGGAAGAAGAAGACGACGCCGACGAAGCGGACCCGCCGGUCGCGACGCCCCAUAGAAGUGGAGCUUACCUACUACGAAUGCCCGUCCGACCGCACGCGCGCCAUCAAGGUGUGGGGCUGUAAGAUGCCGGCUCCGGACCGAAGGCAAGCGACCCAACGCCGCGUGUACAAGGACAAGCUCGUCGACGGUUUCGAGGUUAUCGGCACCUAUUCCGAUUAUAGGAUUAAGGCCAUGCGCACGCUGGACCAACCGGCGACGGCGUACAGAAGUAACGGAAGGCCGUACGUCGCGCGCCGCGGCGCCAAGCGCAAGAACACCGGGACCCUCCUGGACAUAGGCCUGGGCCUCAUGUCUUUCGACGAGAAAGACAAUCUCGAGGCCUUUGAGGUCAUCCGAAAGGGAGGGGCCUUUAAGCGUCGCAAAAAAGACACGCGGCCCUGCCGCUUCAUCAACCGGGCCUUUCCCUUUCGGUCGGCGUGCCGGUUCCUGCGGGCGGCCAUGAAGGAGCACCGCGCCGAGGGCAAGUGGGUCGUCGAAUUCUCCAUCUGCGGCGCGGCGCUCAACGCCGGCGCCGAAGCCGCGCGCGCCGUGGCCGGUCCGAUGUUGCUCAAGGCAAAAACCUACGAGGCGUGCCGGACCUGCGAGGCGUUCCAUAACGCGCGGACGGAGCUGCGCGGUGAGGGCGAGGUCCAGGAAUUCAAGGCCGUCGUCCUGGGCGAGGCGGGCGACGGCUACGUCAUGGACAUCGGCGACGACCAGGGCGAGGUCUGGCACGCCGUCGACUGCACGUGGGCGGAGCUGGCCGCCGAUAUGAAGAAGACCCUGGAGGACGCUUUGGAAAGCCGUGGCCUGGAGCGCGAGGACGUCUUCGUGUACUGCGACGCGACGCCCCCGUGUUCCGGCGUGUCCAACAUGCGCCACCCGUCGCCCGAGGUGCGGGAGUCGUGCUUGAAGUUCAUGAAGCAGACCGACGCGUUCGUCCAGAAGAUGCACGCCGAGGGCUUGUUCGACGCGGCCUUGUUCGAGAACAUCAAGGAGUGCAUCGAUCUUUGGUAGUGGUCGACGGCGCGGGAACGGGCGAGGGAGAGCAGAGGAAACACAAAGGGAAGUGCGGCGGCACUUUCGCUGGGUGUAAUGCGAGCAGGCGGGUGGCAA